GCUGUCAGCCGAGUCGAGUCGAAUCUAGAUUCUAUAUGGAUUCUAUUUUAUAGCUGCUUUCAAUCAAGCAUGCGCACGAAAUUUUACACGAAAAAGUUUUUUAAUACAUACAGUGUAAAUUUGACAUUAUACAAAAUAAGUUAAAUGCAAUGCAUUAAGCUAAAACCACGGUAUAUUAGACACAAAAAGGUUAUAACACAAUAACACCAGUGCAUACAAAGAUUCGCAAUGUCUACACGAAGAGCUAGAAUAAAAGCCGUAGCUUCACUACCGGUGAGGCGAAAAAAUGCGGAUAACCAAGUUAAAGAUGAAAAGCCUGUUAAAAGUCCAAAAACACCACGACCACAGGCUUCACAAGAUGAAGCUGCUAAAAUAAAAACUCCCGUGAAUAAAAUUGCUUCGCCUGUGCAACCGCCGCAAGAACAAUCUAAAACAGAUACUCCAAAACCUGCAGACACCAUUCUAUCACCGCCUCCUAAAAACUUACCAACGCCAGAUGUUAUAAGAACUCCAAAAUGCAGUGAAAAAGUGCCUGUUAUCACCUCAAUAUCACGACAGAGUUCAAACACGUUUGCCUCACCGUUGCGAUGGAGCAGCCCCGCUAGAAAAGCUGUGCCAUCACCAGUCAGGAACUCUCCGCAACCCAGAAUAUCUUCAAUAAUUACUGAGGUCAUAUUUGAGAGACUUGACUCCCCAAACAGUGUUCAAAGCAAUCCCCAUGCUACGGAAAAACAAGAGAAUGUUGCUGUGCCCUUACAGGAUUACAACCCACCUAGCAUUCCAGAGAGCAUCACAGAUGAAACAGGCAUGGAUGGUAUCAUUCCUCUGCAACCAACCCGCAGUGCACCCAAACCUCUAGAUUUGCUGAAGAAUGAGAUCAUAUCAGAGAAUGCUCAAGUACUGUUUGAUCCUAUAGUUCCUUUGCCAUCUCCAAGCAAAGUGCGUCCUAAGCUCAGACCUGCGCCCAGACUUGCACCACAUAGGAGGAAUAGUAUACAAGGUAGUGCGAGUGAGUCCGAGGACGAGAGUCGACGAGCGCUGCUCAACAGCGGCGCGCCGACGUCGGUCCCGACACGGCAACGACACGACUCCCACACUUCGCAUAGUACCCUGCAUUCCUUACCUAAUAGGGAGGUCAGCCGUAUUCGGCACGACUCUGUGUGCUCAGGUGUGAGCCAGCUCACCGCGCCGCCACCUGCUUCGCCGCUUAAAGAACGCCAUGUUACUAAAUGUCGCCGUCAAGAAAUGUCGCGCCGCAUCGCCGCAAUGCGCAGACGACGGGACCCGGUCAAGCGAGACGCGCUCACCAUGUACGACCUCAUCUUCUACAACCCCACCACCAACCCCAUCCUCCCAGAUCAAGACGAGCUGAAAGCCAAAGAGGCCAACCAGAAGGACGAAGAAGAGAGGAAAAAAGCGCCCGUAAUAGAAGAAGAUCCGGAUGAUCCAGACGACCCGCCGGGCGACGCCGCGCCAGUACCACAGAUCAAACUGGGACCGAAUGGGGAGAUCAUGUUAGAUGAACAGAGUUUGGUUAUAAAACAAACAGACAGCAAUCGCAAGCUGUCAUCGUCAGUGGUCCGAGAAGGCGCAUGGGGCGGCGGCGGCGGGCGCUACUCGCGCUCGGCGCGCACCGCGGACUGGAGCGAGGCCGAGACCGUACGCUUCUACCGAGCGCUCGCUGCUGUCGGGACGGACUUCACGCUCAUGGCGCCGCUGUUUCCUGACAGGAAUAGGAGAGAUCUUAAGAUUAAAUUCAAAAAAGAAGAAAGACUGAACGGUGCGCAAGUAGACAAGGCAUUGCGCUCGCAAACAGCCUGGGACGCCGUAGGCCUCGAAGACGUGUUCUCACGGGAGCGCGAGGCCGCCGCGCGCCGCGCCGAGGCCGAGAGAGAACAACUACAAGAGGCAAGAAGAGCGCAGCGGGAGCGAACAAGGGCCUUGCAACACAUGCGCGUCAGGAACAGUCGUGGAGGAAAAGCUCUAGAAACAGUCCCAGAACCCGCACCUCGCGAGCUCACCACCGCCGACGACUUCAUCCAGCACGCGCUGGCCUCUAAACCGCGCAGGAAGCGCAAAACUCCCGACGCGGCCGCCACUCCCAACCGCGACAACCCGCAGUUAAAAAACACCACGAAAAUGCCACCUCUCACCAACGUCGCCAGAAUAGACCCGCCUACAUCACAAGUACCUCCGAACAUCGAGGCCGGCUCAUUAGUGGUCCUAACAGUCAACGAUCCAAAGUCACCCACAAAGAAGAUGCUACAGACUUAUAUCUCCCGUGGCGCGGGCCAGUUAACUCCAGUGGCCUUACCACCUAAUUUACUUACUUCUGUCAUGGGAUAUGUGAAGAAAGGAACGCCUAGAAGCAACGUGUCGUCGGCAUCGUCACCCCUGUUGUCGCCGGCAAGUGUAGCCAGUGCGGAUAGUAGAACCUCGGCUAGUAAUCUAACUAGUGUUAUACAAGUGAAUCCGAGCCCUAAUAAGAGGCAGAGACACAGUUCUUAUACUAUUACGCAGCUUUAGUAUUAAGUUUUAAUUGUUUGCUUUUAAAUAUUUAUACCAUUUUGUGUGUACACGGAAUCGUGAUCAUGUUUAAACUUGUGAAGUCUAUAAAUAAUACAAUUUUGUAUUGCUUGGACCGAAUGAAAGAAAUUUUAUCAUGCAAAUUGAUUUUAAUGCCAACGCCCAUUUCACUAUUUUUAAUAAAAUUGGUCCUAGCUAGGAAAGAAAUUAGAUAUUUUUGUAUAGUAUGGAACAGACCUGUACCGCGACAGGAGAUAAUACGGUGUUUUACACAUCUAUACUUGCAGCCAGCAACAGAAGUGUUCAAAUCAUUUUGAACACCUUGUCGUUUAGCCACUACCGCUGCUGUAUUUGCUAUAUUUUGCAUUAGCUACUCUACCCCACCACGCAUAACUACAGCACAGCAAUGACUGUAUCAAUAAGUGACAUUUGAAAACUCAAUUCUAAGUUUAAACUAUCGAUUUUCCAAUACCUGGCGCGUCGAAUGAUGAUCCCUUUGAAAGUUAAUUUUUAUACUCUCGGGCCCAUUUCUCUAACGAUAUUAGACUAAUAUUAUUGGUGUGUUGCUACGAUUUAACAGGGGCCCAUUUCUCGAAUGAUAUUAAACUAAUAUUAUUAGUCCAUGAACUGUCAAAUCAUAUGGGUUGCCAUGUGUUUAGGUCUCUCAGGAGGAAAAUGGAAACUAGCGUAAUUUAUUUUUAGACAUAACUAAUUGUUAUCAGUCGGUACAAGGGUUUAAGAGUAAGUGCUUAAAACUAAAUCCUAUGCUAAAAAUUGAAGAGCGCCGUAGCGCACAACACACUAAUAAUAUUAGACUAAUAUCGUUCGAGAAAUGGGACCCAGUUCGUGGACUAAUAAUAUUAUUCUAAUACCUUUCGAGAAAUGGGACUCAGCUGUCACGAAAAAUGUUUUUAAAUAGCUCAAU